AUGCGCGGGAAGGAUAGCAGCAAGAAUGCAUUUCAACCAUUAGCGCCCAAGGCUUUGACCCCUGCUCAACAACGUGAAGUCGAGGCAGAUGAAAAUAUUCAAAAGGCCAUUGAGCUACAUGAAAACAACCAGUUGGAAGAGGCAACACGCUACUUUGCGCUUGCAGCUCAAUCAGAGAAUCCUCUAGGACAACUAAUGUAUGGACUCUCGUUGAGACAUGGCUGGGGAUGCAAAUCAAAUCCUGCAGAGGCCAUCAAGUACCUUCAACGAGCGGCAGAUGCAAAGCCUCGCGCUUCUCAACAGACAUUGCGUCGUAUGGGCAGCAUGGAUCGAAAGGAAGCAAUAGCGAUGGCUCGAAGGGAAUUGGUGAUGGCUCUGUAUGAACUAGGAAUGUCUUAUCUCAAGGGUUGGGGUGUCAACAAGGACAAAAAGGUUGCAUUCACUUACUUUAAAAUUGCAGCAGAUUUGGGUGAUGCCGACUCCCAGAACGAGACAGCUUUAUGCUAUUAUGAGGGGAUUGGGAUCGAAAAGGAUAUGUACGAAUCCGCUAGAUAUUAUCGAAUGGCCGCUGCACAGGGUGCUUCCCAGUUAGGCAACUCUUGGAUAUGGAAACCUAAAUAU